AUGGGAUCCUGGACAAUAGACCCGGUCCAAAUUAUAAUCAAAUUAACCUUCCACCGCACGCCUAAGCAAAUUAAAAAUCCGACCCGCCUUCUCGCAUACUAUGAAAGGCUUCGACAUCUUCUCACCUUCUUCGUCUCUUCUUCGCAUUUAGGGUUUAAGGAUUGGCCGAUUGGGGCGACCGCGACCGGCGAGGCCAGUGGCAUCCAAGCGGCGGAGGAGGAGAGGAACAGCAACGCCGGUGUCGAGACAACACCGGCGUGCGGCGAGCCGGCGACAGCGAGCUUCAGAGCUUGGCGUGCACGACAGCAGUCAAGAACUCUUGCAACUCCAUCUGGAUCUACAUCUUCACCUACACAUAUACCUACACCGAUAGAUAGUUCACCUUCUAUGCCCUCCAAUAAUGCUAGCAUUGCUUCGUCCUCCUCUAAAUGAGAUCAUGGACUUAGCAGAGGGGUUGGAUUAGAAAGGAUUAUGCACGGUGCAGAGAGGUUGCAUGUUGAUAUUCCUAUAGAUAAAGAAAGCUUGGUUGGAGAAAAUGCUGAGAAGCUUGUUUCGGAGUUGGGGUUUAUUGUUAGGAAUUUUGCCCCACUUCAAGUGCGAGAUUGCAGUGAGAUUAUAGAGGAGGAUAAGAAUCCUCUUUAUGACCGUAUAUUGUUAAGAAAUUGAUAAGACUCUUUAUAUUUAUAUUUUUAUUGAUAUUUGCAUAAUAUAUUUUUUUUAAGAUAAAGUUUAAUAUUGAAUGAGCCA